AGUUCACCACCUUGAACUCCACCUUCCACCACACCACGGAAACUCAACACACCUUCCGCCAAACUCGAAAUCAAACACAAGAACACCAGCAACCGUAACAAUGCCACCCGCGCGCCGAUCCCGCACCUCAAGCGGCCCCGCCGCAAAAGGCGCCCAAAAGACCCUCUCCUUCGGAAACAAAGUCACCAAACCCACAACGGCCGUCCCAUACGGCAAAGACAUCUCGUCCCCCAAAGCCCACCUUCUCAAGAACUCCAUCAAGCAAGAAGCAGAAGCAGAGCCAGAACCAAAGAAAGAACUAGUCGCGGAAGAAGUCAAAGCAGAGCUAGACACAGGCCAUGUUGAUUCCAGCGCGGCGGUCUCGCAGCAGGCGAAGGCGGAGAUAGUAGCACAAGCACAGGGAGAUGGGAAGAGUGAGGAUGUGAUUAAGGCGGAGAAGGUGACAGAUGCGCAGGUUAAGAAAUACUGGAGGGAACGCGAGGGGGAGAGGAGGACGAAGAGGGUGCAUCAGGAGGAGUUGGGGGUGGAGGAGAAGAUUCUGAGACUGUUUGAUAUGAGUAGUCAGUAUGGCGUAAGUUUUACCUUUUCUUCUGUCUCCCCGUCUUGUAUCUUUGCAUCUUUCCCUUUCAAGGUUCAUUCGAAGGAGCAUGAUCUGCUCUCGAGCUGUUCAUGGGGAAGCAUCGCUGACAACUGGAUGUUUGUAGCCUGCCAUAGGCAUUGCACGCAUGAAACGCUGGACUCGAGCACAGAAACUGGGACUUGCGCCUCCGAUUGAAGUCCUUGCCGUUCUACUGAAGGAAGAGAAGAAGGGUAAUGACAAGAUUGAGCGUGCAUAUGUUGACGAGUUGAUGAGCUCGAAAUUUGUCGUUGGGGAUGCAGCUUGAGCUUGAGAUCGCUUGGUAUGUUACACAUUGAGGGGUAAUAUGCUGGGGAACGGGGGCUCAAACUGGGCGAGGUGUAUAAUCCGGGGCCGGGUAGGAUGGAAUGAUUUACUUUACUUUUGCAGGAGUCGGGUUCAGGCGUUUGAGUGCCAGGUACAGGAGAGGAAAUGGAUACCUGGAGUUUGGC